AUGAUGUUCGGGAAGCGCAAGGACGACAAGGGGUUUGACAUCGAGUUCAGCAGCGAUGACAUCUCCUCCAUCCACACGGCGCACUCCAGCUCGGGGAAAUUCCUGGACAAGUACAGUCUACCCGACAUGGAGACUAUGUUACAGGAGCUGGGGGUGAUGGCGAAGCUGAGGAAGAGAGGGCACCACGCGGUGAACAUAGAGCUGGAUCUCACAGACCCCUUCGUGCAUAAGAUGCUCUGGACCACCCCAGCAGCCCCAGAGCCGCUGUGCGAGUGUGCCCUGCGAAUCCUCACCUCCACUUCCCUUCUGCAUGCAGUGCGGCCCAGCGAGGUGAUAGGCGAGGGGGCAGCAGUGCUCAAGGCGUGGGAGAGUGGGCUGGGCGAGUACCAUCCUCUCAAGCUUCUCCUCGUGGACUGGCUUCUGCUGCAAGACCCUCUUGCUCCCUGCGAUGAGACGCUACUGCCAGGCCAGCACAUGCCAGGGCUGGGGGUUGCAAUCGAAUUCGGCAACUUGCUGUACCGCAUGGCACAGGAGGGCGAGUUUGACGCAGUGGUGAACCGCCCCCUGCACUUCCACAACGCAGUCAUGUACGCCCCCACUGGCAACCGCUUCCUUAAUCCACAGGUGGAGGCGCGGUUUCGAGUGCUGGUGCGUGACAUGGAAACCGAUGUGUUGGCGAAGUCCCUUGCUGACGUGUCACACACCAUUCAGUGUGCUGGGCUGCGGCUCGCGUUGCCAACCACAAAUGAGGCAACCAACACCACCAACGGUGCCACCAGCACGCCAGAUGCCACCUCCCCCGUCGUCCCCUCAGAAAAGGCCUCUUCUGGCACCAACUCAGAUACCGCCUCCCCCAGCAGCACGCUAGAUACCACCUCCCCGAGGAGUCCCUCUGUGAGAGUCAUCACUUGGACUGCUGAGGAGCAGGCCAAUCCCGUGUCAGAGAGGAUGAAGGCCUUCCUGGCGUCAGGGCCCUACCUCUCAUUGGUGCAGAGAGACUCACAUACAGGUGGGGAUGUUACGGCUGGUGGUGCUGGUAACCAGGUUGGAUUGUUGAAGCCAAUAUUUGGGUUGGACUCGUUGGAUGGGGUGGAGAGCCAGGAGGCGAUAAAGAAGCGGAUAGAUGGGGGGGUGCCUUCCCAUGAUCUCAUUUUGCUCUCCCUUCUCCCCCCAUACCCCCCUGCUUGUUCCCUCCUCCCCCUCUCCCCCAACCGCGCUCUUCCGCCACGCUUCUCCUCCCCGCGCGUGCGUUCCGCCUCCCCUCUUUCCGCCAUCUGCUCCGCUCCCCGCUUAGGGUCGGUGCAUAUCCUCUCUCCCCCUGUUGGCCGAACCACGCCCACUCCUGGCCGAACCGCUGGGACAGGCUCGGUAACAGGCUUGGGGACAGGCACGGCUGGUCGGAUCACUCCCCCUCCUGGCUCUUUGGACGGUGACGUGGCGGUCCUAGCAGCUGCCAAUGGCAUUGCGCCACGUGGACAGCUGACGCCCCCUGUGAAUGGGGCUAUACAGGAGGAAGUGGGGGUUGAGGGGGAGAUGGAGGGGGAGAGGAGAGGAGGGGGGGAUGGGGGGAGGGGUGCAGAGGGGGGUAUGGGGGAGCAAGGAGGGGAGGAGGAGGAGGUAGAGGAGGCGUUGAGAGGGUUUUUGCCGCCCCCACCACGAGAAAAAUGUUCAGAGCAACUGCAGGCCAAGUUUAUCCGGUAUCUGGAGCUGAAACGGGCCGGCAGGAGCAUCAACGACGCUCUUCGUAACUCCAAGGGCUACCGCAACCCUGACUUCAUGCAACAGGUAGUGAAGCAUGAGGGUAUAGACGAGCACGGGUCCUGCUUUUCUAAGGACGUCUUUAAUCCCCACGGCUUUGACCGAUUAGACUACUAUGACGCUCUUGUGGCGGAGCAGAGGAGGGAGAUGGAGCGAAAGGAGCAGGAGAGGAGGCAGAAGGGCGGGCAGAUAGAGUUUCAACGAGGGGGGACCGUGGUUCAGCUCAUUGCUGCUCCUCCUAAAGGAAACCAACCCAUUCCCGAUGCAGUGGGAGCAGCAGCGGGAGGAGCAGCGGCUUUUCCUGGGCAACCAUUGGCAGCAGGUGCCGCAGCAGCAGCAGGAGCAGCAACAGCAGGAAUGGCAGCAGCAAUGGGGGCAGCGACGGCAGGAGGUGCAGCAACAGCAGGAGCAGGAAUAAUGGGUUCGGCUCCUGGGGUUGUGCGGGGAAGCACGGGUGCUGGUGGUGGUGGUGGGGAUGGGUUGACACGAGGCGGGAAGAGGAGCAAAUGGGAUAAGGUUGUUGCGGACGCCCCACCAGCAGCAGCCGGAGCAGCAGCACUAACAGCAGGAGCCGCUGCGAGUGCUGCUGUUUCUGGUGGUGCUGCCGCUGCUGCUGCUGGUGCUUCCGGUGGCGUUGCCGGUGCUGCUGGUGCUGGUGCUGGUGCUGGUGCAGGCAUGGGCAUAGGGCGAGGGGCGCACAUGGCAAUGGCAGCAGCGAGAGCUCAUGCUGCUGCCAUCACUGCCGCCGCUGCUGCUGCUGCCGCCGGUGGUGCUGCACCCACAGGCGCACACAU